AUGUCGGACCAGGCGGUGCUGCUGCUCAGGAAGCAGCUCAAGGAGCUUAGCAGGAACCCCAUCGAGGGCUUCUCGGCGGGUCUCAUCGACGAUUCCAACGUCUUCGAGUGGGAGAUCAUGAUCAUGGGUCCCCCCGACACCAUGUACGAGGGCGGGUUCUUCAGGGCCAACAUGGUGUUCCCCAAGGACUACCCCAACAAUCCCCCGUCGGUGCGGUUCGUGAGCGAGAUGUGGCACCCCAACGUGUACAACGACGGCAAGGUUUGCAUCUCCAUCCUGCACUCCCCGGGCGACGACCCCUUGGGGUACGAGCAGGCGAACGAGCGGUGGAGCCCGGUGCAGACGGUGGAGACCAUCAUGCUGUCCAUCAUCAGUAUGCUCUCGUCGCCCAACGACGAGUCCCCGGCCAACAUCGACGCUGCCAAGCAGUUCAGGGAGGACCUGCCGGGGUUUCGGAAGAAGGUUUCGCAGUGCGUGCGCAAGAGCCAGGAGAUGUGA